CUACACGUCGGGACACUCGUACCUCUCGUUUCUCAAGCUUUUUAACCCGAAAAUCAAAACUCGAGUUCAAUCACUUUUUUUUCCCCCGAUCGUGAUUACGAUUGUGAAUAAUCUCGGGAGAUUAAUAUUUUUUUUAGUGCAUUUUCGUUGGAUUUAUCGGAGAUACUUUGGAGGAUACUUAUACGCAUUGUGAUUUCAGGAAAUUUUUUUUCAACUUUUAGUGAAGUGAUUUAUUAUUUUAACGUAUUGAAUGGUUUGGAUUUUAUUUCGAAAUCAGUGAGUUCACAAAUGAAUGGAGUGAAGGACUAGAGUGAAAUUAUUCGAGAGAUAUCAUGUGCGAAACAGUACCGAGGAGUUGGCUGAUGAAACCAGAAAUCUGCAAUAGCAUUCCGGCUGGUGCUCUGUCACCUCCUGCUACAUUGUCACCACCAAGUAGUCCAUGCGUCAUGGUGGCAUCACCCUGGAGUCCAGGUGGACCAACUGGUGGUAGCAGCAGUUCAAGCAGUGGCAUAUCAAGCCGUUCGUCGAUCCCUGGACUACCACCUGACCAGCGCCUCAGUGCCUUUAGCUUUGUAUCCGGUUACCCAAGUGAUCUUAGAAUGCAGAAGCUAGCACAUGCACCCGCAUCGGUUUCACGAGUGUCAGACAUGCGAUCUGGUUUGUUAUACGGUGGUUACAGUUCAGCAUGGUGGGCACAUCAUGCGGUGGGUCUUCUUCUGCCACAUUCCCUUAUGCCACCGCGAAUUCCACCACAAACAACACCAGUUGCAGAACACUCGCCAAUACACCAGGAGCCACUUAGUCCAGCGCGUGCAACAUCACCUCGCAGAUCUACACCAGAGCGAGCGCAGUUUUCAGUUGAAGGAGCAGCUCGAUUCUCCGAAGAAGAGGUCCCCCUUAAUCUAAGUACCAAACCAAGUGAUGUGUCAUCAUCAGUAAAUCGUAAGAGUGAAAUCUGGUCACCGGGUUCCGUGUGUGAGCGUGAAGCACGCGAAACCUCAGCUCAACAUUCGCCGUCAGCAACAACAACUCCAAUAAUAACGAGACAGAUUCACCACUCACCCCUGACGCCACCCUCUUCUAACGAGCGCACCUUCCAGUGCAAGCAGUGUGGGAAAGCAUUUAAACGAUCGAGCACACUUAGUACUCAUCUGCUUAUUCAUUCAGACACGAGACCCUAUCCCUGUCAGUACUGCGGCAAGAGGUUCCACCAGAAGUCUGAUAUGAAGAAACAUACGUACAUUCAUACCGGUGAAAAACCACACAAAUGUGUGGUGUGUGGCAAGGCAUUCUCUCAGAGUAGCAACCUCAUAACUCAUAUGAGAAAACAUACGGGUUACAAACCCUUCCAGUGUGGCUUAUGCGAUAAAGCAUUUCAACGUAAAGUGGACCUGAGGAGACACCGAGAGGGACAACAUCCAGCAGCACCAGCACUCGAUUAUCGUUCACUCCAAGUACCAAAUUCCCAUCAACACUCACGAUCACCAAUUUCACCCUCCUACCACAUGAUACCAAUACCAGGGAGCAGCUGAGACCAAAAAUUAAUUCGAUUUUCUUAAAUAAAUUAAAUGUUCUAUCGGCUGGACCAAUGAAUUUCCUGUAGAAAUUAUUUUUUAACAAAAUUUUUAAUCACUUCGUUUCUCUGUCGACCGUCCAAAAAUCGUAAUGAUAAUUUGUACAUAAUUCAAACUUUGUCAUUAUGAUUAAAUUAACAUACGAGUGAAUUAAUUACCAGUGAGUGGAGGAUUCUGUACGAGUGCCUUUGAUAUUGAAGAAAGAAAAAAUAUUCCGGUUUCAUCUCUUCGACUACUGCACAUAUCUCAAACUUAUUUAUUUCAGUACUUUAGAUUAACUCGUAUUAUUCGUAAACAAUUGAUUAUUUUUUCUCUUCAUUACUUGGUUUUAGUUAUCAUUCACACACGUGUCAUAGUCCAUUGAAACCAAAGCCGCCCUUUUCUGAUUCUUGUUUUUAAUUAGUACCCUGGGGGGGAGGGAAAAAUAUCCUCGAAAAAUUUUGUAAAAAUUAUUUCUUUUUAUUCCUUUGAGCGCUUGGGCAUUGUAAAGGGAUUUCAUAGCGGCUAGAGGACCAAAGAUAUAUAGAACAUAAGGCUGGUGUCGUCGACCGAAAAAAAUGUCUUCGAUAAAUUUAAAAUUGAAUUUCAAUCGAAACAUUUUUUUGUCGGGAAUUAUUGGCGUUACAAAACAUUCUCGAAUUUCGUCAUUUUUUUUGUAAAAAUAGAUAGUGUGAUUGGACAAUUGAUAUUUUAAGUUAAUUUUAGUAAAAAAUGCGAUCAAGUACUGAUUUAGAGCGUCAGUUGUGAAAAUGCAAUUAAAUUUGAAAUGUUGAUAUACUUUUAAUGAGUAAGAGUUAAUUUUAAGCUUCAGUGUAAUUAUGAUGUAGAUGAUUAUUUUUCGGUACUUGAGAAUUAAAAUUGAAUGUAUGAUAGUGU